UGUUUGUUUCUCACUCCUCUAGUCCUCUGUUUUUCUGUCUGUAAAAAGAAAUUAAAAGAGAAAAAGUUUAAUCUUUUUUUCGAAUAGUGGGAGAAAAGAGAUCUGUGAUGAUUCAUAUCAAGACUCGUGGGAUUUAGUGUUCCAAGGAGGAAGACUGAAGGAGAAGAAGAAGAUCUGAAUGAACGGAUCAGAUUCUUCAAGAGACAUCUUAAAUUAAAAGGAACAAGGUCGUAGAAGAAAAAAAACCCUAAUUUUGAUUCAAUUUCUAGUUAUCAAUGGCGAUUAUCACUGAAGAUAAGAGAGAAUCAGAAAUCAAAGAAACAGAAACAACCCCAUUAAAGACUAAUUCAUCUUCAUCAGCAUCUCCAACUCCAAAUCCAGCUGCUGCUACUCAUGAUCUGGGUUCUUCACCAACAGCAAAAGCAUUCAAGUUCUGGGCAUACUUUACAUUUGGUAUAUCUCUUUUUACGCUAAUAAUAGUUACACUCUCUGCUUUAACACCACAAGAUGAUAAAUCAUGGUUUUUAAGCUUACCCAGUGAACUAAGGCAUCACUAUUCAAAAGGUAGAACUAUUAAAGUACAAACAAAUCCACAUUCAUCUCCAAUUGAAGUGUUUGCAAUUGAAGAUGGUUCAAGAAAGGGAGAAACUUUAUUGUUAAUUCAUGGGUUAGGUUGUAAUUCCUAUUCAUUUCGUAAUGUGAUUAAAUCAUUGGGUUUGAAUGGAAUUCAUGCUGUUGGGAUUGAUUUACCUGGUUCUGGGUUUUCUGAUAAAUCUUCAUUAGUAGAAGAAGAGAGAUUGGUGGGUGUUUUCGGUAGGCUUUAUGAUAUUUAUAAUGAUAUUAAUGAAAAGGGUUUGUUUUGGGGGUUUGAUCAGCUGGUUGAGACUGGUGGAAUGCCUUAUUAUGAGGAUGAAACAACUAAAACUAGGGUCUCGACGACUAAGAGUGUUAAGCCGUUGAAUUUGAAUUCUGAGGAUAUGGGUAGAAUUAUUGGUCAAGUGAUUGAUUCAAUGGGUCUUGCUCCUGUGCAUUUAGCUUUACACGAUUCAGCUUUGGGAAUGUGUGCAAAUUGGGUAUCUGAGAAUUUAGAGCUAGUCAGAAGUUUAACUUUGAUCGAUUCUACUCCGACAUCCACUGCUUUGCCAUUAUGGGUAUUGGAAGUGCCGGUUGUUAGAGAUGUAGUGUUGGGAUUUUCUUCUGUGUACGAGGGAAUUCUUAGAUCUCAUUGUUCUAAAUCAAUUAAUGGGACUGUUGCAGAGGCUCAUAGAGUCCUGUUGACAGGUAGGGAUGGUAGAAGAGCUGUUGUUGGAGUUGAGAAAGGUAUGAAUUAUAGCUUUGACUUAGAGGGAUGGGCUGGUUUGACAGGAAUAAAGAGUAUGCCGAUUCAAGUGCUUUGGUCCCGUAGUUGGUCUGAAGAAUGGACUAAGGAGGGAAGCUGGGUUGCUGGUAAGCUUCCCCAAGCUAAUUUCAUCACACAUUCAGGUGGUCGGUGGCCUCAGGAAGAUGCAGCAGAUGAGAUAGCCGAAAUCAUCACCAACUUUGUGGCUUCACUGCCAAAAUCGGUCAAGAAAGUUGAGGUAGAGCCUAUACCCGAGCGUAUUCAAAAGAAGUUUGACGAAGCUGAAGGCGGUAGCCAUCAGCGUGAUCAUGGUAGCCAUGACCAUCAUAUGGGUCACGGACACGUUCAUGAUCAUGGUCAUGUUCAUCAGCCAAACCUUAUGGAUUCUUACGGGCUCGGCCAAGGAUUUAGAGAAAGUUGAUUGUUUUGUUUCCAUUCUGAACCCAUCUUGUAAUUUGGAGAAAGGAGCUUAUAAAUGCUUGAAAACCAACAGCUUAUCAGUGAUGGCGAAGGAAAUCUGGACCAGACUUCCAACUAGCAUGAUGUGGAAUGUUUGGUGUGGGAGAAAAUCGGGGACUUUCACAGGUAAACAUAAGAUUUUUAAUGCAGUUAUCAAUGUGAUUAAACUGCAGAUUUUCUAUUGGGCCUUUUAUGUACACUGUUUCGCCAGAUUUUCUAUUGGGACUCUCCUUGAUGAUUUUAUCAUUAACAUGAAGGAGAGAUUUUUUUAAUCCUCCUUGUCUGCGUAGUAUUUAGUGUUAGCUGUAGGGUAGUUGAGAGCUUGCCCUCUUCUCUGUUUGUAUCUGCAUAGUACUGUUGUCUGUGUUUCUGGUCUUUGGUUUGUGCAUUUCUUUUAAGGUGUGUAGGGUUUGCUUUAUCAUUAAAUGGAAGGAGAGUUUGCCGUUGAAAAACAA